GUCAUCCUGUACACGAUCUCCUCUCGCUUGUUUUCUCGCUUAUACCUCGCCGUCACAUGCACCUCGACGCGUCGACGCGUCCGACCGCAGGACACUUCGUGGUGAGAGGAUUGAGGAAUGAGUCGGACAAGCUGGUUGACGAGCGCGGUGAGUGGACGACAAUCAAUGAUUAUGUGGGCAAGGACAUGGUCUAGCAGAUAUUUGACUCGAUCGCCGUCUCUUUUCGCCUUACGCCAUGCCCGCCUGUGAUGAAUGCGGCUCCGUUUUUGCUGGUCUUCUUGCUGGCCGGCCAUGCAACAAAUGUGCUAAGCUGAGCCUCACACAGUCAGAUAUCGAGCGGGCAGCAAUCAAGGCAAAGCCACAGUGCCGGAACUGCUCCAUUGUCUACGGCAACCUUCUUCAGGUCUUGUGCGGGAGCUGUCUCGAGCUGGCACCAGAUCCUCAAAACAUUCCUCCUGCAAUCGCAGCGAUACCAGGAGCGGUCAGCGCCAUCGUGAAACACCAUUCGGCGACUGAUUUGGGCCCACCGCGAGCGGUCAAUCCAAACCUUGCAAGGGCGCAGCAGGCCAGGCUGACUGGGGGCAGUUCAGGCAUUGGAGUUGGAGCGACGACUCGUGGGAUGCAGAUUGUGCAGCAGAUGCAACAUGCGCGUCAGAAGGCGCACCGCGUCAACUUCGUGGUCACGUUCUCCACUUCGCAACCCAAGAGGGGUGGGGGCAGCACUUUCACACCGGUCCCAGAAGUCACUUUCAAUCACGGUUGUGAUGAGAACGACCUCAUCGAAGACGUUGUCGAGGCCAUGAUACUCAAGACGCAGCAGUAUCACCAAGAGUCGUUCAAAGACACUGGCGCUUCCAAGAUCACGAAGCCCGACAUCACUAUCUAUUCCGUUCCUACCGCAAACUCAGCAAAGCCCUUGCAUUAUGUCAACGAGACACAGAUGAAGACCAAUACAAUCAAUCUGCGCUUCAUCGUUCCAAAAGACCAGAUCUGGGUCCUCGAUGAGGAUCAAGCUGGUGUCAGUGCCCGUGUUUCGACCAUGCGUUCCAGCAAACGAGUGUCCCGAGCCGGCGGGUUGACUGACGACACCCCGCGUCGAAGUGGUGCUCUUGUCCGGAAAAGCGCCUAUAUGCCACCUCUGCCUCCGAAACCCCGGCUCAUGCGUGCUAAAGCGAAAACAGCCCAGUAUUGGUUUCGACGCUUUUCAAUGGCCGGUUCAGGGCGUCAGCUGGAGUUCAGACUGGAUGCUGAUGCCAAUAUUGAGAUGAUGGAUGUCGCAGACGACUGGCAGGAUGGGAUGAAGCUCUCCAAGUCCGGGAGCACGUUUGACCAUACCGGUUACAUUGGGAGCGGUCUCACGAAAGUCGUAGUAUAUGGAAGGCUGUUUGUCGAAAAUCGAGAGUAUGCCAUCGCUCAGGUCGCAGAUCCGGACCAGACAGAGGACACCCAUCUGGAGGUACUCCAAGAGGAGCUGCGGAUCCUUUCCUUCGGAGAUGAGCUUUGGUCAGAGUUCUUGUCAUUUGCACGAGAGGAAGCGCCGAAGAAUGUGUCCGAUCUGAUCACAGGACUCUCGGUCCGCUUCAACUUCAAGGACGCUUUCGUUGGCAAGUUCGUUCAUGGUUGCUCUGAAGAAGAAUUCUUCGAACAGCCACUUGUCCAUGCUCACUUCCUUGCUACUCCGCUCUUGCCUUGCGGAUCAAUCGACAAGCCGCUACGCAAAUUCACCGGAAAUGAGAAUUGUGGGGCAGCACCGCAUCGUAAUGAUCUCUUGACCGCCUCACUUCAUGCGUUCACUCAUUGGAUGGCACUGUACACAAACGAGGAUGCCCUCAUCUGCGACAUUCAAGGGAUACAAGAGGAAAGUAGCAGUGUGGUCUUGAUUGACCCGCAGAUGCAUACGUCGCAGUCCAACUCACAGCUCCGGAUGUACUGGGACAAAGGACCUCGUGGCAUCGAAGCCUUCCUCGAACACCAUCUGGACAUGUGCAAUGAGAAUCCUAUCUGCUAUGGGCUGAACUUGAGGGAGCUUAAGUAUCAGGUGGAGCGACCGAAGACUCCGGAACGUCAGACUAACCGGCGACCUCCUCCUGGGCCCACUUCUCCCCCAGAUAACCGUAAGAGAGCAAAUCGCGGGUCUGAUAUCUCUAGCAUCAUGAAUUAGUAGGUAGUUGAAUGUAGGCAUAUCUAGUUAUGUCUAUGUCCAGUAUCCGGGUAAUGGAAUCGAUCAACUAUGUCUACAAUACAGGAC